AUGUCCGAGUUUCGGGGGGAUAGGGAGCUACAUGACGGAGACGUGCAAGAACUGAACGACAUGAGCAAGGAAAUGGAAAAAAUGGUUGAUGUCAUGGAGAAUGUGUCGGUGCAGUUUGCGUGGAUGGCGUAUGACAUGGUGGUGUUGCGCAGCAGUCCGGACGUGCGGGAAUCCAUCAGGAAGCUGGAAGACGAGUUUCUUCAGUGCAAGACUCUCUUAGAAACCACCUGCGUAGAGGCCAUCGGCAGACCCGAGAAGUAA